AUGUAAGACGCUUAGCAAGAUUAACCUUAAAUUGGAGUGAUAUAGGAUAUUCAAGGUUAAGACAAUCCAAUUAGUUUAGAUGAUGAAUAGCUUUAUAAUCUUCCUUAAAAAAUAUAUGUUUAAAUUAGCCAAUAGUAUCAAAAAAGAAGAAAAGAAUUAUCAAAUGAAAAGUAGGAUUUGUACACAUAAGAAAUUCAAAUUCUGGUAAAAAAAAUAGAUGAUGUAUUAGAAUAGCAUUUGUACUCAUGGGAAAAAUAAAAAGACUGGAAGUUUAAUCUUCCUAAGACUGCAUUUGAAGGAGAUAGAGCUCCUAUUUAAUUCUUUUAACCUCCUAGAGUUUAUGGAAAUCAAGCCUUAAAUAGAUUAACUCCAGAAUAAAUUGCAUCUAUUAAAUAAACAGGAUAGUUUGUUGUCAAUGGAAAUACUGAAGAUUCUUCUACAACUUGGAGAUUGAAUUCUUGGAUCGUAAGAGGAAAAAAUUAUAUAAAGUAAUGUUGGUUUUCAGGAAUUGGUAGUUGUUUUCACUAGCUCGUUUAAAUUAAGUGUAGAUUAGGAUGGAGGUUUGCCUUUAAUUACCAUAUUUUAUAGUAAAUACUUACUCCUAAUUUUUUCGAUGGAUUUAUUAGCAUAGCCAGUGUUGCUUCUAAGAUACUCAAUUUAACUUUUGGUGUGAGAAAAGUUUAAAAGUACAAUAAAAACUAAAUAGUUGAUGAAAUUAUAAGAGACUGGAAUAAAGAAACCAUAAAAAUGCAUCAUCCAGAAAUAAAGACAAGCUUCUUUGAAUUUAUUUUUAAAAAUGAAAAUGACAGAAAGACUUUAAGCGAAGAUAUUAACGAAUAGCAAAAGUAGGAAAUAAGGAAUAGGCUUGAAGGUUUUGAAAAAUUAACUCAAGAUUUUGAAGUUGAUGCAAAUAAAUUAGAAGCAAGUAGAUUGAGUGAGUUCGAAGAAAAAAAUAUAGAAGAAAACGAUGCUCUAUUCGAAAUAUAUUUGGAGAAACAAAAGCUUUUAUUUAGUAUGAUUAGGUCUUCUAAGUAUAUAAAAGAUCAGCUAGUUUAAGAACAUUUAAUAGAGCUAAUAACAGCUACUUAGAUUGUCAAGCGCUAUUAUUAUAUGCUAGAAUAAGAAUUAAAUAACUAUACUGAUUAAGUAUCAAAAGAAAUAACUGAAAGACACUAAAUAAGGUCAAGAGUAUAACUCUGGAAAAAUGAUAAAAUUAACGAGUUAGUUCAAGCAAAGAAAAUAAAAUUGUAAAAAGAGUUCAAUUAAAAAAUAAUUAAAGAAUUAAAUGAAAACAAACUUGAUUCAUAUGUAGUUUUAUUCAAUAGAUUUGUUCAAUUUUAGGAAUAACUGAAGAGUUUGUAUAAGUAGAAUUACAGCAGAAUUCAAAAAAAGAAUACAAAGCCUUGCAGAGUUUUCGAAACUUUCUAAUAAAAUAUGAAGCCUUACAGGGUCUUAAACCAAAUUAAAUCAAACGGAUAAAUCGAAUAUUUCUUUGAUUAUGGUAAGACUUACAAAACUCCUACUAGCUUCUUCGGAUGGAGAUUAGUUUUGCAAUUAGUUAGGUACAAAGUUUGGACAAAGAAUACAUUUGUCACAUUAAUAGAUAAUCUUUUGAAUAGCUACUUUGGGUUAAAAGCGCUAUUCAAGCUACGUCCAUUUUAUGCAGAUUAAUCACUUAAUAGAUAAACAGGUCAAGUAGUAGGCUGCUAUUUAAUAUAUCCUUAUAUCUUUCGUUUAAUAGAAUCUUUGAAAGGAAUCAAAAGAACUAUCUAAGAUUUUGAAGCUCAACCUGAUAGAGGUCUUUUCGGAAAAAGCUUUGCCCGUAUUUUUAAGUAUAUAGAAUGUCUAAUCAGAUUUGUUAUAUCAAUCAGUUUUGUUGGAGUUGGAGUGCCUGUAGUUAUUUUAAUUAAUAGUAUUGUUAGUUUCAUAUUAGCAAUUACUUCAUGGGCUUGGAUUCCUGUAACUUUAGUAGGUAGGUGGCUUAUCCAUCUUCUAUUAUGGGAUUUUGAUUCUCCUAAUAGAAAGUCAGGGUACUAUUAUCCUGAGAACUACUAAAGAUAUCAAACUUAUUAAUUUUUACCUUUAAUUAAUACAGUACUUGAUUUGGUUUUAGGUACUUACUAAGUAGGCUCCAGUGUGGCAAGUGCAUUUGUUCUUCAUCCAGCUCUUUCUCUACUCAGCUUUGCAAAAUCUAUCAUAAGAUAUGUAGGAUAAAGUAUAAGUGAUGGUAUCAUGUGCAAAAUCACCUCUAAAUUAGGUAGAUAACCUGAAAUCGAUACUUUCAUAGCUUGGAAAAUUAGAGGAGCAGGAGUCACUCGUUAAUAUAGCUAUUCAAUGGAUAUAGAAGAUGUGAAAUUCUUGAUGAGAGCUCAUUUAGAAAGAAUAGAACUAGAAAAAUACUAAUAAAAUCUGGUUGAAAAAAUAAUGUAGCCAACUGAUAUUUUCUAAUAACUAUCUAGAAAGCUGUUUUAAUUUUAUGCUCUCGAAUAACCAAACUUCUAAGUAAUUAACUCCAGUAUUGAUUUGUACAUGAAUAUUUUGAAUAGAUAGAUUUAAUAAAGAAAAGAAAAAUAUCCUACUCUCCCUAAUUGUAACAUAAAAUUUACCUAAGAAGAGCUUUCAAUUAUUUUCUUCUAAUGCUAAAAUCUGAUUAAAAACUUUGUUGAACCUAGAAAAAUGGAAUGGAUUUUCAAAUAGUAUGAUGUAAAACCUGACGAUUAUAAAGCCUUAACAGAGAAGUUCUUAAUUUCAAUAUUCUCAGAUGAAAACAUUUUGUAUCCAAUUAGUGAGCUCGAUAAAAGAAUAGAAAUCAAAACCUAAAAAUCAGGCAAUUUCGAUUCCAUAUAGAGAAUAAUUUAAGGUUAGACUCAUAUUAAUACAUUCACAGCUUCAAUUUAGCCAGCUUUUAAGAAAUACAAAUCCAAUUUCUUGUUUCCAUUUAUUUAAGCUACAGAUGUACAAUUUAAUUACUAAGAAAAGUAAAAGGACUACGAAGGUUAUUAUCGCUAAAUAAAUCCUUCUUGUGAAGCUUUCAACUUUAACUAUAAAGACUAUUUAAGUAUAACCCAAUAAAUUCGUUAAUAACAAAAUGUUAAUAACUGA